AUGGAAGCUGUAGAAAGUCAUGUUUCCGUUAGGCUUUACUGGGAUUAUCUGAGAGCGUUAAGUGAAGUUGAAAAGCUAAAUGAGGAGAAAAAGGAAAAGGUAAUGUCUCACGUCAAGUGGACGGAUAAAUAUGUUGAGCUGCUACAUUUUUAUUCUUCUUGUGCGCUUUGUGACUCGGAUGGUGAUGGUUUAAAAUGCCAGGCAUGUGGCGCGAACCCAGUAGAAAAAGUUAUUCAAUUAUUUUCAAGCGAAAGCUAUAAUCACGAUACCUUGGAAUCUGAAGAAUUACGCUGUAUUGGAGCCGGCUCUCCUAUGCCUGCCAUGGUAAGAAUCUUGCCUUCACUGGGUGUAUCUAAAAUUAAUUUGGAUUUUCAAUGUGUUACUGGUGGUCAAGGACUGAAUGAGUACCUAGUUUGUUCUCAUUGUGCCAAAUCCUCAAUCCUUUAUCAUAAGUUGCAUCAUAUGCGUUACUUAAUUUUGAAACAGUGCGAAGAACAGAUGGAAAUGAUUAGCUAUGAGGAGCCUUUGAUGUCCGCUGAUAGUGUGAUUGAAAAGUGCUUGAAAAGUUUUAGAUGGCUUAAUCAGAUAUUGUCUGAGUACGUUGGAACAUGGCGGAAAAUAGAUCUUAAUGCUUACUAG